AUGUUUCCCUGCCCCAGCAGCACGUCCACUCCCUUCUCUGUAAAGGAUAUAUUAAACCUGGAGCAGAGUCGUGACGUUAUGGUGUCUUCUCUGGACGUUUCAUCUCGUAUGGACUGCUGCACCGUGCCGACGUCCUCUUCCUCUUCCUCCUGCAUGCUGGCCUGCCUGAAGCAGGAGCCUCUCCGGGACAUGUCGUCCGUCACCGCCUCGAUGUUUGGAGAAGACCUCCACGAGCCCAGAGCCGGCAGAGGCCAUGCACUCAACUUUGCUACUACCUUUUAUGGGAAAUCCCUCAUGGAGAUGGAUAUAGUUAAAGACGGGAAAUCUAACGCGUUUGAGGGGAAACGUAGAAAAGAGGACUUCAUUCCUCCGACCGAGCUUGUGGAAGACAUAAAAACCGAUGAUCUGAACCGACCCAAGACCCGGAGACGCAGGAAGCCGCGGGUCCUCUUCUCCCAGGCGCAGGUGUACGAGCUGGAGCGCCGCUUCAAGCAGCAGAGAUACCUGUCCGCCCCGGAGAGAGACCACCUAGCCGGGGUGCUCAAACUCACCCCGACCCAGGUAAAGAUCUGGUUCCAGAACAGGAGGUAUAAGUGCAAGCGGCAGAGGCAGGACCAGAGCCUGGAGAUGGUGUCUCUGCCGCCGCCCAGGAGGGUGUCGGUGCCGGUGCUGGUGCGGGAUGGGAAGCCUUGCCUAGCGGCAGACACAGCCACCUACAACCCCUCCUACAGUAUGGGUCACAUCAACCAUUUCACUUAUAACAACUAUCCGGCUUUCAGUAACUACACCAGCCCCGGCUGCAACACAAACUAUGCGUGUAAUUAUCCUGCAGCCACAAUGCAAACUAUGCAAGGACCCUCCAACAACGGGAAUUACAUGAACUUUGGGGUAGGGGACCUGAAUAAUGUCCAGAACACGUUUACCUCCAGUAAUGGGGUGUCUUCGUUACAUGGCAUUAGGACAUGGUAAAUUAAACAUCAAAUACUCGUGUUAUCCUAUUUAGUUUAACUGAGGUGGUUUUACGACUGCAUGCAUUUUUAAAUGUGUCAAGACUUAGAGUUUUUGUAACUUUUCUUAUAUUUAAUUAUUUACUUCUAGUAGUUUUUCGUUUGUGUUUUCAGCACCAGUUUUUGUCUGAAUAGCAGACUUUUAUUUAUUUAUUUCUGUGACAUUGCCCUCUAAAUCCAA